AUGGCCACUCAAACACCCUCUUUAUCUACUUCUGAAGUUAGUAAGAAGAGAAAAAGAGACAAUUCAUCUUCGUCUCGAUGGAAAUAUGAAGUUUUCCUUAGUUUCUAUGGCAAAGACAUUCGCAUUAGUUUUACAGAUUAUCUAUAUGCUGAUUUAAAACGGAAAGGAAUUCUCGUAUUUAGGGAUGAUGAAGCACUCCAGCGAGGAGAAGACAUUUCUAAAGCGCUUCGGAAAGCAAUUCAAGAAUCACAAUACGUCAUCGUCAUUCUUUCGAAAAAUUAUGCUUCUUCCAAAUGGUGCCUCAGGGAACUUGCCAAGAUCGUUAAAUGGGAGAAAAAGACGAAGCUGAUCACAAUUAUUCCUAUUUUCUACUAUGUGGAUCCUUCAGACGUAAGAAAUCAAAGAGGGACUUUUACAAAAUCUUUCGCCGCACAUGAAAAAGAUCCCAAGCUAGACGUCAAAGAGAUUAAAAUGUGGAAAAAAGCUUUCAGUAAGGUGGGCAACAUUAAAGGAGAGCACAUACAUGACAGGUACGAAUCAAAAAUUAUACAAGAUAUCAGUAGACGUAUAUCUCGUGAGUUGAAUUCUAGAUUCUCACAUCUUGAUUACAAUAAACUUGUUGCAAUAGACUCCCAAGUAGACAAAAUGAUGGAGUUAUUGGAUAUGGAAUCGAACGAUGUUCGCUUUGUAGGAAUUCAUGGGAUGGGUGGCGUUGGUAAGACAACGCUGGCCCAAAUAAUUUAUGAUCGAGUUUCUAAUUCUUAUUGUCGAUUUGAAGGAAGUAGCUUUAUUUCUUGUAUUAGAGAAGAAUCUAAAGCUCGUGGUCUAGCUUCUUUACAAAAACAACUUCUUUCUAUGAUCAUGCAAGAAGAAAUACAUGUAUGGGAUCAAAACCAGGGAGAUCGGAUGAGAAAGAAGAUGCUGAGUAAUAAAAGGGUUUUUAUUGUCCUUGAUGAUGUGGACAGUGACGAGCAACUGGCGGCAUUAGCAGGGGAUCGGAAAUGGUUUGGUCCAGGGAGUAGGGUGAUUAUAACAAGCGGAGAUAGUCAUCUGUUGAAAAGACAUGGAGUGAAUGAUAUCUAUGAGGUUGAGCGGCUUCAAAAAGAUGAAGCAUUGUAG